GGGAAAUAGACAUGACAACGUGAGAUGACUCCGGGAGGCCCACCUGGGUACCAGAAUUUAGGAUAGAUUGCGCCACUGGGAUUCCCAGGACUAUUUCCGGACAUGAAUCCCCUCUGUUUGUUUCUAGUUAAUGGCAUUCACGCAUCGUAGCGUUGCGCUAGGUUGCAGUUCUGAGUUCCAGGGACGAGAGACUUUCUGGCUUCAUCGAUCGACGCUGUUUUCAGUGCCGAUGUCAGGGAGUAGGAGUUGAGCUUGGAGGCAAUCCGGUUGGGUUGGGGUAUCAAUAGUGCGAGAGAUUGCUAGUUGGCGGACGUGGUCGUGGUUGCUGAUGAUUUACGAGUGGAUAGGGUGCUUUUGUUUGUUUUUAUUGAAGUUCGGAGAGGACAGUGAUUUGCGUUGCUAGUGAUGCGUGGGGACUAGUGUGCUUGGAUCAGGAAUGAGAACAGUGUUGCGGGUGGAAGAGGAUGGAGGAGACGAGGAUGUGAGGUGUAUGGUUGGUGUGGAUUAGUUUUUCAAUGCAGGAAUAAGUGUAGAAGAGGGAUAUGAUUAGGACCAUGGCGGAAGAGAGGGGAGAUGAGAAUCGGGCACAGGUAUUAGCAGAUGCAAAGCUGUGACCCUUCGCUUGCGUUGCGAUUUGGAGGGGAGUGGGGAGAAUGGCGACCAAGGGUUCGCGCCUGGCCCUGACGCCGACUUCGUCUGGGGCGUCAUUGGGGUUGUCUGGACGUUUGACGGAGAAGACAGCAGAGGAGAUUCAGAAAUCUCACGACGAGGAAUUGAGUGCCGCGCAUCGUAUUACCUUCAGUAUAGAUCUAGCAUUUGCUGCAAAGCGUCUGUUGGGAUUUCUUCGCACCAUUGAUAGCAUGUCUUGUUUACACAAGGGCCCAGCAGUUAUUCGGGCUAUCCGUAGGUACAAGAAGUUUUGGAUGCCCUUGGUAGCAGAUUCCCUCAAGUUCGAUGCAUUGCUUAACGCUGAUUCCAAAGGAAAAGGGCUCUUGCCUCCGCUGGACGUGCAGUGGGUGUGGCAUUGCCAUCGUUUGAAUCCGGUCGGGUACAGGCAAUACUGCAUCACGAAAUUUGGCAGAGUUAUCGACUGUCCUCUCUAUCCCGACACAGCUAGCGAGAGUUUCGCCCAGGAAAGGUGUAGGAGACUGUGGUCAAUCGUGUAUCAAAAGGAGCCUUACGAUAUUUUGUCAUCUUUCUACAAGUUCCCAGGAACUUCCAGUCAUGCGUCUGGUCAAGUUUGUCCCGUGGAUGACAUUGACGGCUUAGAGGAGCUUAUCGCCGCUGUUGCCAAGCAAAGCAGUUUCUACUACUAUGUUUCGCAGCCUUACAUGUGGGAGGAUAGCUUUUUGCAAGCCGCGACGGAGAGAUAUAAGUGCUUCUUGCAUUUAAUGUACAAAUCGAGAGGAAGAAUCAUCUGUAUUCCAACCUUCGACAUUGAUCUGGUUUGGCACUCUCAUCAGCUAGCACCUGUGGCAUAUGCGAAAGAUACCAAAUCCUUGUUGGGGUCUGUUGCAGAUUACGGCACUGGCACUGUAGAUAGGGGACCCGGAUCAAAAGUGGGACAGGUUUUCGAGGACACAGCGAGGUUAUGGGAGAGCAUGUUUGGACUCUCUUACGAAAGAGCGGGGUCGAUGUAUCGCAACUUCAAGCCUGUUAAUGUUCCGCCCCCGCCUGUUUUUGAACUUAAAAACAGCCUUGUGCUGGAAAAACCACCCACUUUCCUGCCCUGGGAUGCCCGCGUGGCAGAUCAAAAUCCUACCAAGUAUCCUGUUCUCACUCCGAGACACGUCGUACAGGUUUGCGUCUUAAUGAAGUGUGUCACAAACAUGGUGGCCAUUGGAAAGGAGAAUUCGGAUCUGUUCAUACGUUUGAGGACAUUAGAUGCAUACACACUCUUGAAGCUAGAUACUCCCGUGGUUCCUUUAACACAAGAUCCCCAGUGGCAGAAGCUAUGGGCCCUUCAAUGCGAAACCAAGACCAAAGGCGUAACGUUGGAACUGCGCUCCCACGUCGAUGGCUGUAUGAGGACUUUCCACAAAACGAAACGCAUAGGCCGGGCGAGGCUCACAUGGCAGGAUCUCCAGAAAGCGCCAACGCUAUCCCAUGAGAUCGUCUUCCCCCUGCAUGAGAAGCGGUACAAGUCAAUCGAAAGCAGGCAACCCCUCCAGCUCCGCCUUGAUGUAUCGAUUACACCACCUGUACAGGCUGCGUACUUUUUGAAAUCACUUCCCGACAGAGUUACGGACGAUCAGGGGGCCAUGCUGUCUGGCACUAUAUUGCGGAAGAGGCGUUGGGAACCCCAAGCCGGCCGAUGGAUCUCACGAACUGUCGUCAACCACGCUGGAAAGGAAAAUUUUGUCAUCCGCAUUAGAGCUGCCAAGGGAUCAUGGAGGAAGAGGGGGGAUCGACCAGUGGGUGUGGACUGGAACGAGCGAGUCAUCAACAUUCACGAAGGAGGGUGGAAUUAUGUUGUCAACAGUGUUGGUAUCGCGCCAGAAAAAAUUGUUGGGAGUGCAACUCCCUUGGCUCAUGAGCUUGAGGAAUACAAGCUAAGCUGGGCGCUGUCUACAGGAGACACGCUCAUAAUUUCGAGACAGAUGAGUGACGACAACUGGGAGCGACAUCUUGAGUUUACUCUUAAAACUUCUGGCAGAGGAGCUGGCUUGGCGCGGCUGGUGAACGGUCGCAAACAGCAGUACGAAGUUCCUGGAGCGUCUCCCCAAGACGAGGAGGGUUUUAUUACCCUCAUCCGCUACGGUCCUCAUACGCCCCAAGGCAAAGCGACGGCUCUAUUUAGUUUUAAGGUGUCGGCCAUGGAAGUUCUUCCCGAGGAAGACGUAGUGCUGGUGCUUCUUCUCUGCACGGCGACCAUGCGAUCUAUUGCUGACUUUGGAGGAUUGUCCGCUGGAAAUGAUUACACCCGGCGACGAACCAAAGAGAACAAUUCUGGUUACAAGGAUUGGGGUUCGGUUAUUCUUGAGAACACCGCUCGUCACCCCAAUCUGGCCCAUUGGUAUUGGGAUUGUAGCCAGAAUGCUGAGGAGGACGAAGGUGAUGGCGAGAAUCAUCCUGGGCGAAUUGCAGCUUCCGACACGAAAGUCGUGGAUUGGAGCGGCACUGAACUCGCACUGAAAUCAACUUCGAGCAGAAGAUUAGCCACUCAGUCAUCAACGGCCACUGCACCUGCUGUUGAAGGCUGUACUCCAGUGAAAGGGCAUUCAGGACGAAGAUCCGGCAGAAGCAUGUCACAAAUAACUCAAAAUGUGAAUCAAUCAAAGCGUCCGACAAGUGUUCCUUAACUUGUAUCAUAUGGACAUUGUGGUACGCCUUUGCCGCCCGUUGUCAUUGCUUCCAUUUCUCCCCCCAGAGUAUACAUGCACCCCUAUGCCACCAUCAAGAAGAAUGCAAGUAGAGAAGACAGUCACCUCGUGUACAUUGAUUGGGGUGAUGAAUCUGACAUAAUUCGAAUUGGAGAGGAUGCACUAGUUCACUAUAGUUGGAAUAAUUUGUGAUCCAAUUUCGUAGCAAGGAGAGUAAAGGUGGACGAUUAGAGUAUAUGUGGACCACCCUGCUCAAAUUCAGUGCAAUCCUCGGCUUUUUCAAACCAAAAAGCCGUGCUGAACGUGCAGAUUGUGGGUCAGUAAUGCAAGACAACUGGCAGGCGUUCUUUUUACUCCUCCUUGAUGCAAGAAGGCGAUACUUUUCAUGAAGUAUGGCAGUCUACGGUUUUCAUGUACAAAAGAUUUUCAUAAAUAUUAUUGCAACUACGAAGAAAUUGUUGCCCAAUAACAACUGGAUA